CCCCCCGUCCCCAUUGUCCCCCGGCCGCCUCCGGCUCCAUGAGCGCCUCCUCCCCCCUCCUCCACUGAGCUUCCCGCCCUCCACCUCAUGGCUCUAUCGGAAGAAGGGACCGGCUGCUUUCUCCCGAGAGGCAGGUCGCAGAGUGACCCCAGCAUCCUCACCGACCCCGCGGGCCCCGGGGAGCACCCAGAUGAGAUGGAGCAGUCCCCUGCAGUGCGUUCUGACUACCUGGUCUCAGGGAUUCGAACUCCACCAGUGAGGAGGAACAGCAAACUGGCUACACUGGGCAGGAUCUUCAAACCGUGGAAGUGGCGGAAAAAGAAAAAUGAGAAGCUGAAGCAGACAUCUGCAGUGCUGGAGAAGAAGAUGACAGCACGGCAAGGGCGGGAUGAACUCAUUAAGAAAGGCCUUCUGGAGAUGAUGGAACAAGAUACUGAAGGCAAGGCCUGCACUGGUGAUGAUGCCACGAGGGCGCCGCAGAGCGAGGCUCCAGCAGCCGUGUGCCAGGCACUCACCUCAGAGGAGGAGCAGCUGGAGACCACAACAGCAGCCACAACCAAUGUGAGCUCCUUUGGUGAGGAGCUGCACUUGGAUGAGCUGAAAGAAGAUGCAGCCAAGAAACCUUCAGCACCCACGGAAGAAUUGGAAGAUGCCAGCCUGCCAGCAUCUGAAGACAGUCCACAAGCCUUACUUGUACCUGAAUCCACAGAUUCCCCCCAGACAGAAAGAAACCCAGCACAGCUUCCCAGCCCUCCAUUGCUCCCAGCUCCACCACCUAAGGCAAUCUCCAAAAUCAACAAGAGCAUAACAGCAGGAAGUGAAAUGGAUGAUCCAGCCAUGAAAUCUCCUCCUUCCACCAUCCUGAAGAACUAUGUCAUUGUUGGUUCCUCCCAAAUCUCAGGACAAGCUGCCCUCUUCCACCCCUCUGGCCAGAAAAGCUCAGAGCCCCAUGGCAGAGGCCAGGUAACAACGCCCACCGGUUCCCCUCACCUGGCUGCCGUUCAUCUGCCUUUACCUCCCAGCAGAGUCAUUGAAGAACUCCACAGGGCUCUGGCCACCAAACACCGGCAGGACAGCUUCCAUGGAAGAGAAAGUAAAGGCUCUCCAAAAAAAAGAGUGGAUGUCCGUCCCUCAAGAACGUCAAGUAUGGAGCGCAACAAAGAGAAGGAGAACUCGCUGAGUUAUGGCAGUGACUCAGAAAACAAGAGGAACUCAGUUAAAGAGUCAGAUGAAAACAAAGAAAACAUGAUCAUGAACUCAGAGCUCAAGGAGGAGUCUGUUUUUUAUCAAGAUGAGGAAGUUUUGAACGACUCUGUUAUUUCUGGUACUUUGCCAAGAAAAUGCAAGAAAGAACUGCUGGCAGUAAAACUACGGAACAGACCAAGUAAGCAGGAGCUGGAAGACAGGAAUAUUUUCCCAAGGAGAACAGAUGAGGAAAGACAGGAAAUCCGGCAGCAAAUUGAAAUGAAACUCUCAAAGCGACUCAGCCAAAGACCCGCUGUUGAGGAGCUAGAAAGAAGGAAUAUACUGAAACAACGAAAUGAUCAAACGGAACAGGAAGAGAGAAGGGAAAUCAAGCAGAGACUGACAAGAAAGCUUAACCAGAGACCUACAGUUGAUGAACUGAGAGACAGAAAGAUCCUGAUUCGAUUCAGUGAUUAUGUGGAAGUGGCAAAAGCACAGGACUAUGACAGGAGAGCAGAUAAACCCUGGACACGACUGUCAGCAGCAGACAAGGCAGCAAUUCGGAAAGAGCUGAAUGAAUACAAAAGUAAUGAAAUGGAGGUUCAUGCAUCAAGCAAACAUUUGACAAGAUUCCACAGGCCAUAGAAAUUUUCUUCUGAGAAGAAUCUGUCUUUACUUUUUGAUAUUGCUGCUGAACACUCAUCAGGGAACACAGAAGUCUUUCCCUGAGGGUCAGUGCAGGCUCCCUGAUGCUGAUGUGACAGAAGGACUCUGCAGUGAAGCCUCUGCAGCACCUGGGGACAGGACGCCAGCCCCAAGCUCUGGAGGCAGAAGAGUCUGGCCUGUGGAGUGGGACAAGCUGCUGAAAAGGACUGAAGUGAAGCUACUUGGAAGAGCCUCCUCCUCUCCUUUCCCACCUGUGUGGAACUGGUUUGCAGCCUGCCUUGGAAAAGGAGAUGUUGUGCAUGUACAGGCUUUACCAUUCCAAGGCCUCUGACAUAAAAGGACAUGGCACUCUGUCAUCCAGUAUUAUGUUGACAAGACAUUUUGAACUUACCACAAUUAGUUUGUAAAACACCUAAGUUCAUGUUCUAAAAACUAAUUUAAUGUAUUAUAAUUUCAUUCUUUUUUAUAUACUGUCUAACAG